AUGUAUCGCCGCGCGCUCAAGCUCCAGUUUGCGAUGCUGUGCAGGGACGAAUGGCUUAAUACACUUGCAGAGGACGUCCCCGCCACGAUUACAAGGGAGGUGAAGACGCGGGGCUUUCGUAUGAACGAGAAUUGGUGCCGCGGUGUACAGGCCGCAUUUGCGGCGCUCAUCGCCUUGACGAUCGUAAUGAUCGUCCUUCUUUGGGAACGACGCUGCGUCCUGGACGGGGAGCCGAAUAGUUUGGCGAGCGCACUGGGCAUUCUGCAGAGGAGCCCGGAGCUCGCAAAACAGCUGGAAAGUUCGGAGUUCAAUCCAAUGAGCGUUGUGACGCGAGUGUUGGUGCGGAGUGGCUUUAGGUACCGGCUUGGCCUGGAGCCUGGGGUUGGCCCGAGGAUUGAUGUUCUGAAAGUCAAAAACGAGGAUGGUAUUCCGGUAAAGAUAUUGAUGGAGGAGCCGGAUGAGGUACUUGAGGGCAAGGGCACUGAGAAGAGCAAGCGGUGGCUUGAAAACACAACCACGGGGGCGCUCUUCGCCACAUUCUUUUUCCUGAUGCUGGUGACUAUGAUUGUGCUCUACGUAUAUGAUGAGAUUAGAGAAGGCAUCCCGUCGCCUUCCUCGCCCGGCACGUUCGGGUACAAGGUGCUCUUUGCAUAUUUCCCGACGCUUCUAGCGCACCUGGUUGAACCGAUUCUUGUCACGCUCGGCAGCUAUCAUUGCAUGCUGGGCCCGUAUCGGCCCCUCCAUCGCGGGCAUUCGAGUAGUGAGAGCUCUCUCGCUAUCGACUACGACACCUCUCCACCCCAGCUCCAGAUAAUACGUUCUGUAAUUGCCCGUGAUUUUAUGCUUGGAGGCCUCAUCAUUGCUAUCUUUCUCGCCAAUAUCCUUACUGUUGCCCUUUCUGCGCUGUUCUCUCCGAUGAAUGUCCUGUCCACCAUCUCCUACUCCGUCCCUAACUAUUAUGGCGAGCCCCAGUUCACACGGGGCUUCGACUCACUCCCGGCACUUGAGAUGCAUUACAUCCUAUCGAGCAAUCUUUCCGGUGAAAUCCCUCAGCCCAACUGGACUACAACCGAGUUUUAUAUCUUGCCGUUUCCGCUCCCACCUAUGAACGGUCUCCAGACGGCGUCGGCAGAUACUCUUGGGAUUGGAGCAUCAAUCUCAUGUGAUCUCGUUCCUAGCUCGGAUGUCGAUUCGUUCUGCUAUGUCAAUUCCAGAGCCUAUAAAACCAAAUGUCCCACAUACUGGUCCAAGCCGGGCCCCUCGUAUUCGGCAACACUGUCCGUCAAGGAUUCUUGCUGGCCGCAGAUCAAGAACCGUACCGGCGGUGAAGUAAUCCCAAGUAAUGAAACCAUGGUGUGGUCGAUCCCAGCCGGCGACUACUUUGCCUACAACCCACAGUGCUCCGACACAUUCUUUGUUGCAUGGGCCGAGCAGCCGGCAGACCGCGAGCAUGGCGCAAAGAAUAUGUCUCUGAGUUAUCUGCCGCAACUCGAUAGUGCGAUCAUCCGCUGCACGAGCUCGGAGAAAAUCGUCCGCUUGGCAGCUACCGUCGACUCGAAGGGGAAUAUUACAAACGUUCAAGACAUAGUCCCCAUUGACUCCCCGGAGGAACUAAAAAGGUUCUAUCCGCAUGGGUCCGGUGAGCUGGUGCGGACGUUUAUCAGCUCCACCGCUCAAGGAACCUACGAAGCCUAUGAUUUGCAGCUUCAACCGUUGGACUGGUUCAACUAUCACCUGACCACCCUAUACCCUCAGGUCGUUCGCGAUGUAAGCCCAAAUAUCACCCACAUCCCCAACACCGACAUCCUUCCGGGCGCCUUCGAGGAUAUCUACCGACGCCUCUACGCGAUCAACCUGCGUCUGUACGCGUCUGAUGUGAUGCAGUUCGCCACAAACCCACAGACUAUAACAGUACUCACAAAGGCACUCCAGCAACGGGUAUCGGUGAGUGCGACAAUGAUCAUCAUUAGCAUUGCGAUAGUUGUGUACGCCACGGCGAUUAUCCUCCUCCUCUAUUGGGGCCCGCGGCCUUCGGAUUCUGUGGCGCACGCGCCGGAAAACUUGGCGGCGAUGUGGUCGUUGCUGUAUGCUAGUGAUGCAAAGGAGGUGUGUGGUGGGGUGAGGGGUGAUACUCCGCGGGUGCGCAUGGAGGAGUUGAAGAAGACGGGGGCGCGGUAUGGGUACGGAGUCUUUGUGGGUAGGGAUGGAAGAAAGCAUAUAGGCGUCUUCAUGUCCUCCGGGGCUGGCCGGAAGUAA